UUCACCAUUCGUCGCUCGCAUCGUGGCUCAUCUCGACAUUCUGGCACCACCGAUUCCACAUUCUCGAUGCGUUCCGGAACUGCUCAGCCUCGUUCCACAUCCCGCUUAUCCUCUCCUCCACCUCAUCAACAGCAAUCAACUAAUGCAGGUAUAUCGCGCCACUAUACAAGUCAUCAGCACAGUCAUCGUCAUCUUCGACGUCACCGUCCUGGCUUUACUGCUGUGGCUGCCUCAGGAGGCUUUAAUACAUCUUCUCGUUCUAACGAUUCUCAAAGCGGCCUUCCCCUCAGUCAUCUGGCUGCAAGCCGAAUAUCUCUAACUUCUCCCACAGCUAAUACCAGUGUUGGCAAUGACGUCAUAAGCUUGCCUCUCUCAGACAUCAGCUCAUCUUCCCAUGUAGAUGAUCUCACAUCUAGUUCUCAACUAGACAAUUCUGAAGUACGCGAACUAAUGUCAGAAGAAGUGAUUGUCCAGACACUAACAGAACGAAGAAGCCCUAGAGUCAACUUAAGCCAACAUCGAUCCUUGGCCUCUGAUCCUCGAGUUACUGAAGAAGAUCUUGGCUCUGAUGGACAUUCUAAUGCAAAAGGGCGUAGUGGUUGUGCUUCAAACUCAGUCGUCUCUCCCACGACUAACGCUGAUACUGUGCUCGUAAGUGAGACUGAGUCAGAAUCUGAGUCAGGUGAACUUAGUGGACAGCAUCUUGAGAGAGAAGGAUAUGUAGUUAGAUCUACAAUUCUGGAAUCAGAGGCUCAUAAUUCGCCUACCCGGCCGCAUAGUGAUGGAGAAGAUGAUGGUGAUGAUACUGUAGAAGAAAAAGCCGAUAUCGACGAUGAAGAUGAUCGAGCCAUUAUUGAACCAGCUCCAGAUGAUAUCGAGGACGACAUGACGGACCGCGGAACCGACAAUGAACAAGAUGAUCAUGAGGCAAGAGCCAGGGUUGCUGAAAGAGUUCGUCCAUAUGAUGAUUUAUACUUUUCCUCUCAUGGUGAUGAAUACGAUGAUGACGAGGAAGCUGGUAAUGAUGAUGGAGAUAAUGACAACGACAACGAUGAUGACGAUGAAGUAGAGAGAGAACAGAACGACGAGGAUGACAAUGAUGAGCGUGGGGUUGAGGCUCAGAUUCGUGAACUCCUUCGAUCUCCUCAUCAUCGGGAAGAUCGAGAUCCCAUUUUAAAUGUAGACAGCGGCUCUGAUGUCAUUGAUUCCGACUCUUCCGAGAGGCGCCAAUAUAGUGCACUUAGGGGCCACAAUAUUUCGCGGCACUGUCCGAGACUUACGUUAGUGCCUUUGGCGUUUCGUGGAUCUGCUAGUGCUAUCGAGGGUGGUGGCUCUUCCAUUGCCACAGAUUAUGAUACUCUAGAAAGCGAUAUCUUGCAUGUAGGGUCUCGACCAUCCAUCGAUGUACCUAGUCGGCAUAGAAAAAGACGUCAUCAACGCAGUCGAAGCAGGAGUCACGAUGGUUGUCGAGGCAAUCGUUCGAAGCGGAGGACGCAGAGACGGAAGCCGAGCGAAGCUGACUGUGAGGAUAAUCUCGGUAACGACAUGUCUGAUGGGAGACGCCGCCAUAAAACAAGUGCUGCAUCCCGUAGUUCAUUCUCGGCUAGGCGCCGCCAUAGACAACAUGAAACAAAGCGUCAUCGCAGAAAGCGCCAUCAUCGAAUAGAUGACGCACCUGCCGACGAGACUUUAACUGAUGCCUCUUGCCUCCGAUGCAGUCGUCGUCGCCGUAGAGCUGGAAGUGAUUUAGACUAUCGCUGCGAUUCUCCUAUUUGCAGACGCCAUCAUAGAUACUCAUCCCUCGGUCGUGAUGCAGAUGGGAAUGGGGUCGGUGAUGGUGGCAGUAUGGGAAGAGACGUAGGAGGCGAAGCCGGUGGAGACCGGGCAAGUCUGGCAUCCAGCACUGCCGCAACUGUGGGUACUGUUGGCAGUAUCAUUGAUCUGGACGCCACCUCAGAUACUGGAGGUGGAUGGGGAGGUUCUGUAUCUAGUUCCAUUUUAGUAGCCGGCAGAUUCUGUGCCCCUGGCCCUUCGAAUGUUGGUCCUAGGGCUGUUGGACUCCUUGGCAGUGGAAGUGCUAUCUCACCAGCCACAACCCCUAGUGGGGGAGUGGAUGAGGAGGAGGAAGGUGAGGAUGAAGCUGACGAAAAGGAUUCACAAGUCGACGUACCUAGUCAUGCCAUAGCAGUAGAAGAAGAUCAACUUGAAGCCAGCGAUCAAGUUCGGCACUUAUGCACAGAUUCGAGUUCACUUUCGCUUCCGGUUUCUACUCAAUUCGGAUUGAAUCUUUCACUGGAAGUUUGCCUUAUCUUUGCGCUGCUCGUUAUGAUUUUGACGUAG